GUUGUUCCUCGUUGGUGCUAUGGAAGGCAUGAUGGAUGGGCGGGUUUGGUGGAUAGGUGGCUCGGCGACGAUGCAGAGUUUGGUGCCAAGAGCAUCAAGGGCCGGGCUAACCGUGGAAAAGACGGGACACACGGCCAAGGAAAUAGGAACCACUGGGGCUUCAAGGCCAUGAAGGAGGACAAGUUGAAGAGGCCGCUCUCAGACAUUGAGUCGUGGAAGCUGGCCUGCGAGCGGAGUGAUCGCGAGGAUGGCGAGAACCAGUACUACGGCAAGACCGAGGAGCACCUAGAGUCUUACACUCAGAACUAUCAGAAGUUGCAUCCGGAUGUUCCUGUUCCUGAGGUCGCUCAGUCUCAGAUCGACGACACGGCGGUGGUGGCCAUCCAGGGGAAGUCACAUGGCCGGUAUCUGUGUUUCGAUGGCUUGAUCACUGCUUCGAUCUCGUACACACGGCUUCGGGCUACCAACCCGAGCCAGUUAGAGAGUACGAUGUCGAUGAUGAUAGCCGUGCAUGUGGCCGUGGUGCCAUACUUUUAUGUUCAUGAAUGUUUCAUGUCUUGCACUACUUAUAUGUUCAUGAACUUUCGCCGGUGAUGAUCUUUAGAUGAUGAACUUGACUAUGUUUAAAUGAUGAUGAUGAACUUGAGUAUGUUUAGAUGA